AUGUCUGAACGCCUUCACGAACUGCAACGUCUAGCUGGCCUCGACGCGAUGCUAUUUCAUUUCGACUUCGACUCCCCUACUUUCUCGCCCUGUACAAAUGGUGCAGUAGAUGUUGUGUCUAUUCUGAAUAUCCCAGCGGGAGAUAAACGGGACUUCGCUGAGCGGACGGCCCGCUCGCCAUUGUCGCCUAAAGCGCGUGACAUGAAUACGGAUGUUUCGAAUACUCCGUUUUCUCCGAAACGGAAGGGUCUUGUCCAACGGAAUACACCACCAGAGCUCAAGCACGUUGAACCAGCGCCCCCUCCGCAUACUAUCAUCCCAGCUGUACCAUCAUUCACGUCUUUGCCCCAUGUGCCAUCAACAUCAUCUCUUCUAUUACCAACAUUCUUGGAAUUGUCUCUUCAUCUCGAUCACCUCUCCUUACAACUCCAGAGAGGUAAUUCACCGAACGACGCAACGCGGUCAGAAGACGCGAAUCGGCGAACAAAUCCUCGUAAUCUCCUCCCGGCUUUCUCGCAUCCUAAUAGCCCUUAUGUCCCUUGGGCUCCGUCGGAUCGAGAGGAAGUGCUGCAGCCGGUACCAACCACACCAAGUUCCCCCUCUUCUGGGUUUGUUAGUGCUUACUCUCGCCCGUACUCUCGAAGUGGUGCCAGAGCACCUGAACCGACGCACUGCCCUGAAGCUGACUCACGACGCGUAAACCUGGUGCGUCGGAGCUGGAGAAGUGUUCAACAGGUCGUCAAGAAGAGCGUUCGACGCGUCGUGAAGCGAAUAGGCUGCUUUUCGCACUCCCGGAGAACCAGCUCACCACAGCCUUCUUUAGAGCCUGAGUGGGAGCAGGUAUCCCCUCCGAUCCCAGGUUCUCGUUCCACUUCUCCCCGGCGAAGCUCAGUUGCGUCUGUCGAAACGAAUUCUCUUGCUACGUGGCUAGCUGAAAGACGACGUCAAUCCUUGGAGCACGAUGACCUUCAGGAUCGACGAAUGACUCUUGCAGAGUACGAGCGCAUGGGGAGCUGGAUACACGACUCCGGAGACGAUAGCAGCGAAUGUUCUGUAGAUGAAAUCCCUAUCACGAUUUACGAUGCUUUCUCGCCCGGCCUGACGACUUUUGGGGGCAAUAUCACGGCCUCUUCUGACGGCCGAGCCAGCGUCCUAUGGACGUUACAGCAACUCGAUGAACUGGGGCUAACUACUGGUGUCCCUGACGCACUUGCCCAUUUCCUCCUUCCAUUCCUCAUGCCGGCCCCAGAGCAUUGCAUUGACGCUGCAGCAUCAGAUAGCACUUCACAAAUAUUGCCAGGACCCUCCUGCAGUGCAGCAGCACCUUCUCCAAGUAGCAGGAGCCACAGUCCCCCGGGGGGAUAUCGUACAACAUGUGUCGAUCGCUCUUCGACUUUCUUUAGGAGCCUCACGGCCCCGUUAGCCUCUUCUCAGCACUCGGAACCGUGGCAUGAGCCUUUUCUCGACCCUUCAAGUGAUUAUUCUCCCGAUAGCACUCGUGUCGACUUGUCAUGGACUGAAGAGCGCGACCUGAGUGUGACUGCCGGGGAUGAGCAUGAACCUGCGGCAGGCCCUGACCUCCCCCGAGGAUACUGGCCAAGUAUCUUACCCAAGAGCAUUUACACUCCUCAUGGAAAAUGGGCGUGGGCGGAAGGCAAACCUAUCGAUGGCCCAAAAGAAGAAGCUUUCCUAUCUAGAUGUAGCUCGGCCUACUCCUUGACCAUCAACAGUGGGUCUCUAGGUGGUCGUGAUAUUCGAUAUGUAUGUAAAUCUUGGGCUGGUACCCAAAUAAACGACAAAGGCUUCUUCACAGAGCUUGCCCUGUACAAGUGCCAACUAAAGCCACUACAGGGCUCCGUCGUGCCCUCAAUAAUUGGCGUUCAUUCAUCUGCAACGGGCAUCGACGUAGCUAUCGAACCCCCGCAUCCGUCGUUUUGGAUGGAAGCGUCUUCUGAUAUGCCCAACGUCCUCAAACAGCGUUGUAUAGCCGCAAUCCAGCGAAUUCACGACCAAGGUGUCCUCCACGGCGACAUUCAACUACGGCACAUGCUCAUUGGUGGAAAUGCCAAGGUAUCCAUCGUUGACUUCGACGGUGGUAGGGCGAUCCUCCCUAACGAGGCGGUAAAAGUGGGGAAGGCGAGUGCGGAGGAUUUAGAUAAAGAGAUGAAGCGAGCGAUGGCCCUGCUGAAAUAUGGCGGCGCUCCCGAUGCAGAGUCCAUUCCAGUAUUUGAUAUUCCAACUCACGAAGGUGCUGGACCACAUCGUUUUGUAAUGCCUGGACAAACCCCUGCACAACUUCAGGGCGCGAUUCAGCGUUUCCUCUUCCUUGUUGACGGGUUGGCUGAAGCAGGCUCACCGUCAGAUGAACCUACUCAGAGUCGUCUUCCGCCCGAUACCGAUGGACCCAAAGGCGAUACUGUAUCACACUCUCCACCUGCGCUGCGUGAACGUUCCCCUGAACCUCCCCCUCCCCUUCAACCAUAUCAAGACCACGUAUCCCAGGAAGAACGAGGCCUUCGCACGUACCAUUUGCGGAAACGAAAGGGCGCCCCAAUCAGUGCUGCGCCGUCACCUGCGCCUAAACGUUCCCGUCGUGGGGUUGCUCCAUGCUCUGAAUCUAAUUCUGGAGCUUCGAAGAAAGAAUGCAAGGUACUGUCUGCCCGCGCUUCAAGCUCGAAACCAGGCCGGCACCGCCACCCUGGCCUCCUCAUACCCGAGCGAUUACUUUCCCUUGACCCUCUCACUCCUUCCCCUGCAACACCCUCACCCGACCCACUACUGCUGACAGCUCCGCCACCAUCAUCUCAGCCAGUGGCCUCCGGGUCCAGGCUUCUAUCUCCUAGCCCACCUAUUCAAAGCACCGUUCUUCCGUGGAGCGGGGAUCCUUACUGCCAAUCAAGGGGACACAACAACUAUGCCCAAUUAGUCGCUCUUGCAGGUCAGCGAAAUAUCCCCAAAUUCAAACCAGGCAGUGUCAGCCAUCAGAAUCGUCCAUCAUUGCCUCAACUUAUACUUGACUCGCAUGACGACGGGGUGGAUAGUGGUACAGCCCCGAUAACCCAAUCAGCCAUUGCUAUUGGAAAAAGGAAACGUGACGAAACACCGGACUGCCCCAGUUCUGAGGAUAGCACGCGUCGAGCCCAAAAGGUUCUUAAAUGGUCUGAGGCACCGGAGACGAACAAUCCGAGCCCUUCAAAACCACGGAGGAUCCGAAGUAUCUUAAAGAAGCAUAACCCUCCGGCGAUCAGAUCGAUAGAAAUGAGUCGAAUAGCAGAGCUCACGGACGACGAAGACGAGGAUAUUGUCAUUCAGUGUGGUGUGGUCACGGUGGAAGAUGUCGAUAGGAUCAACGACGGGUCGAAAGACCUCGACGAGGAGCUCGACGACGAUCUCGACAUGCUAAUUGACGCACUGGACUCAGAUGACAACUUCCUCAACGGUUAUCCUAGUGCCAACCUUGAGUCACACGAGCUUGGCAUCGAUACUUCUUCAUCUGGAGAACAUGCUGCCUCGGCUGUUGUGUCCACUGUCAUUACCAAAAUCCCGCCUAUCGCGGCGCGGGACGAACCCACGGAAACAUUGUUGCCCAACCUGUGCCAAGCCCAAGGCAAACAAGAUUUAGGGACGGCCAUUGAUUUGAACGAAUACUCCAAGGAGGGUCUAGUAGGCGACGAACUAUCGGGCGCAUUGGCGCCUUCAACCGCGGGUGAUAAUGCUAUCGCCCAAUCCGUGGCAGAGCCUCAGAACCAUCCACAUUUCACCCGCUCGCUAAAAGGGUUAUUAGGAACGCUGUUUCGCUGUCACGACUGA